CAGUCCGUUAGCCAAUGAGAAAGCGCCCUGUUGGCCAUCCAUGGGUUCCCGACAUCCACUUGUCACAACGCUACGUCAGCAGAGAACCUGAAAGAUGGCGGUGUCCAUAGAACAGAUGAGUGCCGCUUUAUGUUUAGUAAUAUUAACUUUGGUACUUCAUCCUGCUAAUUGUGAUGUCGCCACGGGCGUUAUAGACACAGCAGGAGAAGCGCCUCAUCGCCGUUUUGAAUACAAAUACAGUUUCAAAGGACCGCAUCUCACCCAAAGCGACGGCAGUAUUCCUUUUUGGGUACACACUGGAAAUGCCAUUCCCAGUGCAGAUCAGAUCCGCAUCACUCCCUCCCUCAGGAGCCAGAAGGGCUCUGUGUGGACAAAGAACACUGUGAACUUUGAGAACUGGGAAGCGGAGGUGACGUUCCGCGUGUCUGGUCGUGGCCGGACGGGAGCAGACGGACUGGCAAUCUGGUUCACAUCAGGGCAAGGCCUGGAAGGCCCAGUCUAUGGUGCAGCAGAUUCUUGGAAUGGUGUUGGAAUAUUUUUCGACUCUUUCGACAAUGAUGGAAAGAAAAAUAAUCCUGCAAUCUUGAUUGUUGGAAACAAUGGAAACCUUGUUUAUGACCACCAAAAUGAUGGUACAACCCAAGCCUUGGGAACAUGUUUAAGGGACUUCCGAAACAAACCCUAUCCUGUCCGGGCCAAAAUGACAUACUAUAAGAAGUCAUUGACGGUUAUGAUCAAUAAUGGCUUCACCCCGGACAGAGAUGACUUUGAAUUCUGUGCAAAAGUGGACAACAUGGUCAUACCUGAGGAAGGAUUCUUCGGCAUCUCUGCUGCCACUGGAGGCCUAGCAGAUGAUCAUGACGUGCUCUCAUUCUUGCUCUUCAGACUAACAGAGCCUGGACAACAGCAGGACCCGGUUGAAGCUGAAAUUCCAGAAGAGGACAAGGACAAGUAUCGGGAAGAGUUUGAGAACUUCCAACAGGAUCUGGACAAAAAGAAAGAGGAUUUUCAGAAGGAGCAUCCUGAUGUGCAGGGAGAACCAUUGAAUGACAUUUAUGAGACGGUGAACGACCGAGAGAUCCGGCAGGUGUUUGAGGGGCAGAACCGGAUCCACCUGGAGAUCAAGCAGCUCCACCGGCAGCUGGCCAUGAUCCUGGACGAGCAGCGGCGCUACGUCUCCGUGGUGACGGAGGAGAUCGCCAAGCAGCAGGCUCAAACUCCGCCUGCACAGGCACAGGCACCCAGUCUUGAAUUGGACACUGUAAUCGCUACGCAGCAGGAGGUGUUGAAGAAUCUGAAUGAGCUGAGGGAUUCAUUCUCUGAAACAUUGAGACAAGUGGCCUCUGUCCAGCAGCAGGGGAACGCUGCCGGGGCCUAUGAUUCUGUGCAGCACUUCAACGACAUCAAGGAGCACCUGCAUGUGGUCAAGAGAAGCGUUGAGCACCUAGUCCAGCGCGAUGUGGGUCCAGGUGAAAAGGUGAAAUGCCCUGACCCGCCCCCCAUGCCAGCCUGUCUGUCCACUCCCCAUUUCCUGAUCUUCGCUGCAGUACAGUCAGUCUUAUUCAUCGGCUACAUGAUGUACAGAAGUCAACAAGAAGCAGCAGCAAAAAAGUUCUUUUGAUGAAAACUGCUCCCCAGUGGAAGGUAUAACAAAAUUUGUAAAUGAGGUAAUUUGUAAAAUCUUGUUUUGUUAAUUUCUGGUCUGUUUCAAAAUUGUAAAUUAUUGUACUUGAAAACAAGUCUUGAGUUUGUUUGUUUUGUUUUUUUUUCAGAUUUUUAAUUUGAUCCUAGAUGUACAGAUUGUGAAUGAAUAUUUGCUUUGAUUAGGCUUUUGUGAAAUUGUUGGUCAAAGAUUCCAAAAUGAUGUAAAAUAUCCUUCUCUUGUAUUAAGCCAAUAAUAUUUGGAUUUCAGGCAGGGUCAUGAAAAGGUGUCUCAAUUAAACCAUGUCAGUCAUUGUCCUGGCAGCUUUGGAAACUGUGGUAUUAUGUAGUAUUAAUGCUGAAUCAUUGUAAAGAUGGAACUCUCAAAUGUAUUUUUUUAGUAUUUUAAUCCACCAAAAUCAGAUUUUUUAAUCAUCAAGUGAUUAUUAUAAAAAGAAACCGCAACAUAGCUAGGUGUUUAUGUGAGACAGAUCUGUUUACUUUUUCUUUUUUUGUUAUUAUAUUGGCUUUACCUUUUCUGCAUAUCUUUCAUCUUUAAGUAAGCCCCUUCCAACUAAGGAGUUGCUCAAUGGCCUAGACUCAUUCAUAAUUUGUCC